AUGAAGGCCGCGUGGGUAUACAGCCCGUCAAAAGUCAAGCAGCAGCCUCAGCAGCGCCGGCCUUCGGGUCAUCAGCCUGCUCGGGGUUUGGGACACCAUGACGCCUCCCUCGCGACUUUCCUCCUGUUCGCUACCUGGUUCGCCAUGCUUGAGAUUCAAAAAGCCGUCAAGAGUGCCGAAGGACUUACUUCCUGGGUCCGGAUUAACCUCACCGGCUCCCUCAACGCCGUUCUCUGGACCUCCUUUGUCAUGAUGGCCUACAUCUACGUUGACGCUGCGAUUAGUGAUCAAGCCUUUGUCAAGGCUACCCAGCCAGAGCAUACCCUCUCCGGCGAGUCCGGCCCCAACGCCGAGACUCCCGCUAAGGGGACCGACGGCUACAAGGACUACCCGUGCGGAUACAAGGCCAACCCAAACAACAGCACCGAAAACACGCAGCCCAAACUGCACCAACGGGAGCAGCUGUAUUACUGUGACGCCUGUCCGCACCCUACGAUUUCCUACACGUACCCUACAGCCACCAUCUCCCUCGUCAAGAACAUCCCGGCCGGGAUGCAGUAUCCGCAGCAAUUCCAGGUGCCGUACCAGCUUCCGUACCAGAGCCAGUACCAGCAGUACCAGAGCCCGUACCAGCCCGGACCCUAUCAGACUUGGGACCAAUACCAGGCGCAAUACUUUGCAAGUGGCGUUUGA